AUGGUACCGCAAAAUAAGCAAUCAUUUGAUAUCGAGGAAACUGAAGAAUAUAUUUCUUCAGAAAAUCAAGAUAACGAAAAUUUUAUUAAUGAAGAACAAGAAAACACGCGUUCUUCUUCAGUUUCUUCCUUAGUUUCGGGUGUAAAGUCUGUUGCUUUUGACGUUGCCUCUUAUUGGGCUAAGAGGCUAUAUGAUACGGUACGUCGUGAUCCGCAAUCACAUUUUAAGCAUAUUUUAGAAACCGCAAAUAAUUAUGAGCAGUGGGCGGAGGCAGCAAAUGCCUUAGAUCAUUUACAAGGAAAGGAUGAAUGGAAGCAUAAUGCAAUUUCACCAGAUUACGAUUAUGAUCUAUUACAAAAACGUCUUACACAAUUAACAAGGGCUCGUAAGACUGGUCAAUUAUCACAAAUGAUAUUUUUAUUAAGAACUUCCCUUGCAAGAAACCUCGGGGAUAUGGGUCAGCCGAAGUUAUAUGCAUAUACCAAUAUUGGAACUAAGAAAUUGAUCGAGGCCUAUAUUAACGAAGUUAUAAAACAAAUGAAUAUCAUUUGUGACACAGAAUCUGAAGAAAUAUCAACUAAAGACAAACUAGAAUUUUUCACUAAUACAAGACAAUCUUUUGGAAGAACGGCUCUCUUAUUGAGCGGAGGAGCUACAUUUGGUCUAACUCAUGUGGGAGUGAUUAAAAGUCUUCAUGAAUGUAAAUUACUACCUCGUAUCAUAUCAGGUGCAUCAAGUGGAUCAAUUAUUGCUUCCCUUCUAUGCACAAAGACGGAUGAAGAGAUACCAAUGACAUUAAAGGCUUUGAAAUCUGGAGAAUUUGACUUGGAAGUAUUCGAAAAAUCAUUAGAACCAGAUACUUGGUUGAUAAGGUUAAAAAGGUUCUUAACACAAGGUGUGUUAUUUGACGUAGACAUUUUAAGAGAAUGUAUGCGUCGAAACAUUCCUGAUAUGACUUUUCAGGAAGCUUACAAUCGCACAAGAAGAAUUUUGAAUAUAACUGUCAGCUCUUCUACAGUUUAUGAGAUGCCUCGACUUCUGAAUUAUUUGACAGCUCCAAAUGUGUUAAUUUGGUCUGCCGUUGCAGCGUCGUGCUCUGUCCCUUUCAUUUAUAGUUCGGCCCCUUUGAUGGCAAAAGAUAAGUCUGGGAAUGCAAUUCCCUGGAAUCCUUCUGGACAUCGCUGGAUUGAUGGAUCAGUGGAGAAUGAUUUACCAAUGAACAAGCUUUCCGAACUUUUUAACGUGAAUCAUUUUAUCGUGUGUCAAGUGAAUCCACACGUAGUACCAUUCAUGCAAAAAAAUCUAAUUCCUUCUCCGAUUAGCCGAUUGGCAGGAUGGUUUUUGUUUCUUGCAAUAUCUGAAUUACAACAUCGGAUGAAUCAG